AUGGUGCUUCAGUUCCACGAUGGCAUAAUAGCGCGAGCCACGUACAUUGGAGCUGUCCCGGAGCUAUUCGCAGUGACCAACGGAGUGAAGCAGAGCUGCGUCUUCGCGUCUACCCUCUUCAGUCUCCUGUUCUCUGCCAUGCUGGUAGACACCUACCGUGACGAACGCCCCGGAAUCUGCGCCGUCUACAGGGCUGGCUGCCACCUCCUCAAUCAGCGGUGGAUGCACCUCCAGUCGCGUGUAUCCACAACCACCGUCCACGAACUUCUGUUCCCCGAUGACUGCGCCCUCAAUGCAACUACUGAAGGAGACAUGCAACGGGGCAUGGAGCUCUCCUCUGCCGCAUGCAAGGACUUUGGCCUCAUAACCAACACGGAGAAGACGGUGGUCAUGCAGCGCCUGCAGAUUAACCCGGCAAACUGGGAAGACUUCGCCCGCGCCCGAGACCGACCUACGUGUAGGAGGACAGCGACGACGGGUGCAACAAUCUUCAAAGCCAACCUCAUCACCGCUAGAAAAGUCAAAGGCGAGACGCAACUGCCUCCAACGUGUCCACGAUGGCGAUGGAUAUUCCGGGCUUCAAUUUGACUUGUUGGACACCUCCGGACCAACUACAGCAUUCGGAUUGCACGAAACGUCGUCUCUUUGUCCAGCUCCCAUCCUCCUCCUCCUCCUCCUCCUCCUCCUCCUACAUCGCCUCAACGUCUGCCGAUGUGGCGUCUGUCAUGCCCAGCAACGCUACAUACAAUUCUGUGUGA